AUGAAAUCGAUGGAGCACCGGCAAUAUGAACAACGAAGUGCUGCAGUUGGUGAUAUCGGCGGGACACUAGAUGACGCUAAAAGGCGACAAGGAGAUGAAUGGAUAGUGUUGGAGUCCGUAUAUGGUGAAGACUUCCGCGAUGCUGCCCAAAAUGCUUGGAAGCUUUGUUGA